UCCGCAACUCAGUGUAGUAGCGGUCACAAUGGUAACGGGUAUUGAGACAACUGGCAUCGUGCUGGCUAUUCUUCCUUUGGUGGUGAAUCAACUCGAUGCCUAUGUCCAAGGUAUUGAGACGUUGAAAGGCUUUAAGACCAAACGAUAUCGCCGCCUGCUCGAGGAUUACGCAACAAGGCUGGGAACUCAGCGUGCGAUCUUCCUUGAUACUCUAGAGCACUCCCUCGAAGGUCUUGUUGACGACCAAGAUGACAUCAAGGAGCUCAUCGACAAUCCACGAGGGCAACUAUGGAAGGAUACCGCCUUCCAGAAAAAGUUCGCGAAGAAGCUCGACCGCAAUUACCACCCCUUCACACGGACAAUGACAGAGCUUUCGACAACAUUGGAAAACUUGGCUCAAAGGCUUGGCCUGGGAUCUGGAGACUCUCUAAAAACACCUUGGGAUGAUGCCUCUGCCGUGGAGAGAGAGAUGAAGAAGUUCAAAGACAUCUUCUCCAAGUCAGUCUAUGCUGACUUAUUGUCGAGGGUCGAGAGCGCGAAUUCCGCUCUUAAAUUUCUAAUAGAAGGAUCGGAUCGGCAUCACGAGAGUCGACGGAAGAAACGCCUAUCCAAGGAUCUAGCGUCCAAGUACAAAAUCGCGAGGAAACAUGCCAGCAACCUUUACAACGCUGUCGUCCGUGACACGUACUGGAAAUGCUCAUGCAAGGAUUUGCACCGUGUUCACCUUCGGAUCGAGCCCGAGCCCUUUGAGGCUGAAGAUGACCAGGACUAUACCGCCGUUUUACCCAAGCUGCGGAUUGCAUUUUCCUCUCAAUUAGCCGCCCAGGCACAAGGAUUGCCGUGGCAAUGGGAAGAAGUGGAGACCGUCCCAGUAAUGGACGUCGCUGUUGCUCCUCCGCCAUUACCGGCUGAAGCGUGUACCACCACCGCCCUGCACUCAAGCUUCCACCGGAAGGUCCAAUUUGCAAUCGUCUCGACGACCUUGGGAAGCCUCCCUUGGCCCAAGGUGCCAGAUGUUCCACCAGCCCGGCAAAUAUCUUGCCUCUGCUCUGCUCUCAGACUCAAAGGCCGCAAAGACUGUAAAGAAUACAUCGGCUCUCUCGUAGACGAGGCUGACAAGACACACCGAUAUUGCUUCUUCCUCCUGGAGGAACUCGAUCACGACAUGAAGACGGAGUCUCUGGAAGACCUGCUAAACUCAUCUCUUCAGCCGAUCGGUCUACAAAACGCUCGAGCGGCGUUUCGAUUUAGCAGACGUGAUCGGCUGUUUUUGGCAGCAACUCUUGCCUCAAGCGUCCUUCAAUUCCACGGAAGCUGGCUGAAAUAUCAAUGGGGGAGUCGAGAUAUUCUGUUUCCCAAGACAGCCGCCGAUAACUCUGUCAUCGAACACCCCUACCUUUCAGGCCACCAGAUAAGCAAAUCGAUAGCUGCAGAACCAAUUGCGAGGACGACAUCAACUUCUCUUAUCAGGAAUGACGUCCUCUUCCCCCUGGGCCUGGUUCUUGUCGAGCUAUCUCUCUGUCAAUCAAUCUCCACACUUCGAACCCUGGAGGAUGACGACCGUGUUGAAGCUAUAGCAAAUUGGAAGACAGCAACUCGAGUCCUAAAGGAGCGAGUCUACUACGAAAGCGGCUUCCGAUAUGGCGACGCCGUGGACAAAUGCCUCUCUUGGUCCGAGACAAGGACUUCCACAGUGGACGACGAAGAUUUCCAAGAGCUUGUUUUCCAGAAGAUUGUGUCCCCUCUAUUUGAUGAUUUAAGAAAUUUUGAAGGAAGGUCCCGAAUCCAUUGACAGUGAAACCGAAAAGCCUGAUCUUGAGCGCUUAAGCGAGUACAAAGCAAAGAGGAGUUCCAAAAUUGCAGAUGAUGCGGUCGCCCUUGGCGUCAACUGAGAUCACAGACUAUCCUGUAGUGCUGUCGAACUGACAGGGGUUGCCAGGCUGACUCCGUAAAUGAAUCAAAUGAGUUGUAACUGAUUAAUUAU